UUCAAGCACUAGCAGUGAUAGCUAAAACUAAGUUGCUAUCUCUGAGUCCAUGGCUACCAUAGAUGCCUCCGGAAAGGCGGCCGACGGACCCGCGACUAUCCUCGCGAUCGGAACAGCCAACCCUUCCAAUGUGGUCGACCAGAUGCAGUAUCCUGAGUACUACUUCCGUAUCACAAAUUCUCAAUACAAGACAGACUUGAUGCAUAAGUUUCAGCGCGUUUGUGAGAAGUCGAUGAUCGGGAAGCGGCACAUGUGCCUAACGGAGGAGAUACUGAAGGAGAACCCCGAGCUGUGCGCGUACAUGGCGCCGUCGUUCGACGUGAGGCAGAAGAUUGUGUUGGCCGAGGUGCCGCGGCUGGCGGCGGAGGCGGCGGACAAGGCCAUAAAGGAGUGGGGGCAGCCGGCCUCCGACAUCACUCACCUCGUCUUCAGCUCGUCCGCGGGAGUCGACCUCCUAGGUGUCGACUGCCGCCUGCUGCAGCUGCUCGGCCUGUCACCGCGGGUGCGCCGCGUGAUGCUCUACAACAUCGGCUGCCACGCCGGCGGGACGGCGCUGCGGGUGGCCAAGGACCUGGCUGAGAACAACAAGGGUGCGCGCGUGAUGGUGGUGUGCUCCGAGCUCAACGUCAUGUUCUUCCGUGGGCCCGACGACCACCACUUCGAGAACCUUAUCGCACAAGCCCUCUUCGGCGAUGGCGCUGCGGUGGUCAUUGUCGGUGCGGACCCAAAGGAGGCAGAGAGGCCGAUCUAUGAACUGGCCUCGGCAGCUCAGGUGAUGCUGCCGGAGAGCGAGGAGAUGGUUGCGGGGCACCUGAGGGAGAUCGGGUUGACAUUCCACUUAGGGAGCAAACUGCCGGCUGUAGUUGGGGCAAACAUCCAACGGUGCUUGGAGGUGUCUUUCGCGCCAAUGGGGGUUUCAAACUGGAACGACCUGUUCUGGAUUGUGCACCCAGGCGGGAGAGCCAUUGUGGACCAAGUGGAAAUGAGUGCUGGGUUGGGGGCAGGGAAGCUAGCUGCGACUAGGCAUGUGCUGAGGGAGUAUGGCAACAUGCAGAGUGCUUCGGUGCUAUUUAUCAUGGAUGAGAUGAGGAAGCGGUCGGCAGCGGAGGGAUGCACCACCACCGGUCAGGGAUGUGAGUGGGGGGUCCUCUUCGGCUUCGGCCCCGGCCUCACUGUCGAGACGGUCGUCCUCCACGCCCUCCCCAUCUAAAUAAUUAGUAGACGUAUGUGAAACAAAAUAAUGCAUUACAAUAUCUCCCAUAAACUAUAAGUGUGUAUUUGCAAGACUCAGUUUUAUCUAAAUCGA